AAUUGGACAACAACACAAGCUGAACCCGUUCUUCGCUAAAAACAAUGUCGUUUUUACUCCGUCGAAGCAUCACCGGAACCACCAGGUUUCUCUCCGCUUCACGCUAUGUCUCCACCACGGUCUUUUGACGCCAUUUCAAGCCGUAUUUUGGGAGCUUCAUCCUUGUUGCUGGUCUUCUCCUAUCCCCUUAUGAAGAGAUUUACAUUUUGGCCUCAAGCAUAUCUUGGUUUAACAUUUAAUUGGGGAGCUUUACUGGGAUGGUCUACAGUUAAGGGGAGUCUGGAUCCAGCUAUUGUGAUACCACUAUAUGCUAGUGGAGUAUUUUGGACCCUGGUGUAUGACACAAUAUAUGCUCAUCAGGAUAAGGAAGAUGAUCUUAAAGUGGGUGUUAAAUCGACGGCCUUGAGAUUUGGGGAUUCAACAAAGGAGUGGAUCACUGGGUUUGGAACUGCAUGCAUUAGUAGUCUUGCCCUCUGUGGAUUCGAUGCCGAUAUUGGGUGGUCAUUUUAUGCAUUUCUGGCAGCUGCUUCGGGUCAAUUAGCUUGGCAAAUAUGGACAGUUGACCUAUCAUGCCGGGCUGAUUGCAAUAGAAAAUUUGUGUCAAACAAAUGGUUUGGUGCUGUUGUUUUUAGUGGCAUUUUGUUUGGUAGACUUUGGUCAUAGAGGUAUUGUCACUUUUCAGUAAAGCUGACAACAUAGUGUGGUUCUGAAUUUGACCCUCUUAGGGUGUUCCUGCUUGACAUCAUCUUGAUGAUAAGGCAAACUCAUAAAAGAUAUGCCUUUUGUGAACUGGAGGACAGACAGCUUUUGUUGCUGACAUCUAGGAACUGAGCAAUAUGGCUGCGCUAGAAGUCAGAGGGGUGGGUUUAGAUCUAUUUUGUUCAUUUGGGUUAUAAAAACCAUUAGGUAGGCAUUCUUCGUUUUUAAUUCAAUUUCACUAUUUGAGAUUCAGUAUUAUAGUUAGAAUGAGACGGAUACAUACAGCAUUCUCUUUGGCCAGAAAUGUUGUUGUAAGCAUCUCAACUUAUUUUUGUUCGAAUAUGUUGAUAUUGAAGAGAAAAGCCUUGAGAGUUAUUAUUA